AUGAUCGGAACAGACUGGCUAGAUAGCUUCAAUGAGUAUCAAGGAGAUGAUGACGAGGAGGAAAAAGAGAUGGGUAUCAGAACACGUCCUGUAUUUCCUGUUAGCAGACAAAAGGACAAGUCUUCAGCCACAUUGUCUUCGAGCUUGAACGACACACCUCAGAUAUACAAUCAACCUUCUCAGCCAUUAUCACAAUCAAAUAAUCAAACCGAUUGCUUCGAACCAGAAAUUUCAGAUCCAAUUGAUAUUGGUCAAAUCGAAGAAGGACCACAAAAAGAUUUCAUCGAUAACCCAUGGACCAUUGCUCAUCGGAGAGCUAUAGCUCAGAGAGAAAAAGUGCCACCAAAUCCUAUCAAAUCCAUCGAGAGGGAGGACGAAACAUAUAAUACAAAGCGAACAACAAGAAGGGGUUCCAAAAGUACUACUUUUCUGCCAUUAUCAAGAAGAGGGCAAAUAUAUCGAAAUCAGCCAGGUGCUGAAUCCGAGAAUGUUUCAUCAAGUUUGCAAAAUCAAUCUGAAUUUUCACAACCGCCUUUGAACUUUUCGGAAGAGGAGAACGAGCCGGAGAUCGAAAUCAUUCAUCAAAGUGAUCCAAAGCACAAUCCAUACAAAAAACUAAGAUUUGAUGGUGAAACGAAUCAUUCGAAAUCAAGUGUGGAGUUUGGUAUUUCAAACUUUGGCUCCGAUUCUAUGGCUGUAUCAGAGACUGGUACUCUACUCACACAUGGCCGUACUACCAACACAAGUGGAUCAGCUCAGGGCUCAGAGCUUGACAUGAUCAAUCCUGGUGUCGAGCAAUUGAAUAGCCGGGAAUACAUUGACGUUGACGACGAGAGACGAAGUAGGAUGAUGAAAACGGUGCCUAAAUUGACGCGUUCCCAACAGCAAUCAAAAUCUCACAGGAAGGCAAAGUCCAUUUUGCGUCCAAUUAAACAUUUGGAGACAACCUUCAACGGGGUCAAAGCUGGUCAUUCGAUCAACCUCAGCUCACCACUGGUCCAGCACAUGAACCAUAUACCCAGCACAACUUCCACCUCAACAUCAACUGCACAAUCAAAUCACCUAAAACCUAUCAAACCGCAUCCUGCACUAUCUGCCUUAUAUAUGCCAUCCAACACUCUCAACGAAUUCAGAUCGGGAAGAGGGAAACAAGUUGACGAUGAAGAAAUCACUCCAGUAAUUAGAUCAAGAGCUAUGAAAUCACAACCGAACAGAAGAUCUAGUAUUUCUAAAAGAAGGAAAUUGUUGAAGAAAAACUCUGGACUUGAAAAUCGACUGGAACAGGUUGGUCCAUCGAGUCCCAUUGAUAACAUAGCUAAAAGAUCGAUUUCUAAAAACAAAACUAUCAAGAUGAAAGAAACAUCAAAAAUCUCAAAGGAAAAGGAUAAGGAUAAUUUGGGACAUGUAGUCAGAGGUCAUGGAUUAGAUUCUUUGACUUCAGAAUCAUAUGGUAUGAUGAGAGAAAUGCUCGAGAUCCAGAUUAGAGAAUCGGAUGAAUGGCCAUCUAGUGAUCAAGUGGCUGAAGUUUUAUUUGGACUUGCAGUACCUUGA